AUGAAAUGUGAUAUUCAUUGUGCAACAAAAAUACUAACACUAAUUUGUGGAGGUUUGAUUGUAGCUCUUGCAAUAUCAAGAUUUACUGAUCUGUCUAUAGAACAUCCAUAACAAUUCAUUCUUACAAUUCAUUAUAUGUAAAAUUUGUCUUUUAGAAUUAGAUGGAUGGGAACUAUUUUGAUCUUGGCAGAGUUCCGUUUUGCAUAUGUUCAUUAAAAAUUCAAAGUUCUGACUAGUUUCUUUGGAAGAGGAUUGUAUUGUAUCUUGUAAUUCUGAAUAACUUAUCAAGUCUGGGCACUUUAAUGAUAUCAACUUUUUCUCCUUUGUAGAUUGCAACUGCUGUUGUUUUGUUUGUCGUUGCUCUAAUAUAUAUAUUGCUGUAGUUAUUUGUAUAAAUUGUAUAAUGUCAUUCAUUAGAGCAAGAAAUUUGGAUGGAGUGCAGAAGACGCGAAAAAUCCAUAUUAGAUUCCCUCUCAAAAUCAACCUAAUGCAUAUCAACCACCAUAUUAAUCAAAUGUUAACUUUUAAUAAGGUGGACCUGCCUUAAAGUGA